AUGGAACUCUCUUUUAUUAUUUUCAUUGCUCUUACCACUCUCCUCUUCUUUCUUUUCAAGUUUGCCACUCGUCAAACACCCAAGAGAAAACUCCUUCCUGGGCCAUGGGGACUUCCUAUCAUAGGACACAUGCAUCAUUUAAUUGGUACUUUGCCACAUCAUGGUCUUACAAACUUAGCCAAGAAGUACGGAUCUUUUAUGCAUCUACAACUUGGUGAGAUCUCCACAAUUGUGGUGUCCUCCCCAAAAUUGGCCAAGGAGGUUUUGACAAACUAUGACUUAACAUUUGCAGAUAGACCCGAAAAUUUAACUGCUGAGGUUGUCGUAUAUCAUAGCACAGAUAUCGUCUUUUCUCCGUAUGGUGAAUACUGGAGACAAUUACGUAAGCUAUGCACCAUAGAGCUUUUGAGUGCCAAGAAAGUGAAGUCGUUUCAUUCUCUCCGUGAGGAGGAGUGUUGGAAUCUUGUUCAAGACAUUCAAUCAUCUGGGCCAGGGAGACCUAUCGAUCUUUCCCAUAGAAUUUUCAGCAGGAUCGCAUUAAUAGUAAGUAGGGCUGCAUUCGGUGAAGGACUAAAGGACCCAAUAUUGUUUUCAGAUUUGAUGAGGAAGACAUUAACAGAAAUGGGAGGUUUUGAUGUGGCUGAUAUCUUUCCUUCCAAAAAAUUUAUUCAUCAUCUUUCAGGCAAACGUGCUAGGUUAGCCAAGAUACGCAAAGCAGUUGAGAAUAUAGUUAACAAAGUAUUUUCUGAAACCCUAAAAAAACAGUGCAACACAUCCCAUGAAAGCUUUCUUGAUAUUUUGCUAAGAGUCAAAGAUAACACUGAGUUUCCUUUGACGAUUGAUAAUAUAAAAGCAGUCCUUUUGGAUGUGUUUGCAGCUGGAGCGGACACCUCAGCAGCGACAGUUGAAUGGGCACUUUCAGAAGUGAUAAGAAGUCCCAGAGUAAUGGAGAAACUACAAACCGAACUAAGGAAAUUGCUAAAUGGAAAAGAAAGGAUCCUAGAGGAAGAUAUCCGAGACCUCGGCUACUUAAACCAAGUAAUCAAAGAAACGUUGAGGUUGCACCCUCCAGGGCCUUUGCUUAUGGCAAGAGAGUCUAGGGAAUCAUGUUUUUUGGAAGGGUACGAUAUACCUAAAAAGACCAAACUUAUAAUCAAUGCCUUUGCAAUAAACAGGGACCCAGAAUACUGGAAAGAUCCUGAAAGUUUUAUACCAGAGAGGUUUGAAAACAACCCUACUAAUAUGGUCGGUGCAGAGUAUGAAUAUCUCCCAUUUGGAGCUGGGAGAAGAAUGUGCCCUGGAGUAGGCCUAGGUUUAGCCAAUGUUCGACUCCCUCUUGCUAAUAUACUUUAUCACUUCAACUGGAAACUUCCCAAUGGAGAAACGAAUGAACAUCUAGACAUGUCAGAGUGCUUUGGCGCUGCUGUUCAUAGAAAGUCUGCAUUAGUUUUGGUACCAAUCAUCGGUUAA